AUGUCAAAACGGGAAAGAGAUUCUGAAAAAUGUGAUGAUGGGACUGAAUUUAAUUUCAGUGAACCUGGUUUUGAUUUUAACGAGUCAGAUGAUGAGUUCUUAGGCGGUUUGCCUCAAGAAUUUCUUGAAAGUGAAGACAUAAUUGGGGAAACUGCGCAAACUUUCUUCGAAGACAAUGAUUCAUUAAUGGGUGAAGUUACUCAGGGUUUUAUAGAAGCUUCACAAGUUUUUCAGAAUUUACCACUUUAUAACCAAGUUGGUUCGGUAUUUGAGUCUAAACCAGACCUUUCCAGUAGUGGAACAGUAUAUGUUGAAGAAUUACCGCCUCCUCCACAAAUUGAUGAUGUAAGUUUUAAUUGGAAUUAUUCUUUUUAUUUGUUUUACGCUUAUUUAUUAUCUCAACUAAAUACAGCUUCCACAACUCCCAAUGGCUACUUUUAUCACUAUCUUGAAGAAAUUAUAUUAUGUUUCUUGUAGAACUGUCUUUUCCAGAUUUUUGU